CUCAAAAAAAAAAAAAAGAAAAAAAGUAAUAACAACCAAGUUAACAGGGGAAAAAAGUCACAAUUAUUUGCAACAAUUGUUCCCUUUCAUGUAGAAUAACUGACAUGAAAGUGUUUGGGCUCCCAAAGUUAAAACAUUCAAAGAUGCCUGAAUUUCUUCAAGGGGCUACAGACUCCGUUCUCCCAUGAAAGGCCUGAACAUUUACAGAGGAAAACAAAAUGUGAUAUUUUAACACUUCUGGGAUCUAAGUGUGCCAGAUUUCUGUUUAUACAAAUUCUGGGUGAAUGCAGCCUAAAUUAAUAGGGAAUCAUUUCAUCUCCUCUUCUCACUUGGAGGAGAUUGCCAAGAGCUGCUAGAAUUGGUAAAUUGGGGUUUUUCUUUAAAAAAAGAAAAGAUAAAAAGGACAUUGACUUCUCCACUGUAUUUUAAAGGUCUGAGUGUCAGAAAUUUAUGAGUUCUAGCCUGUUGUCUUCUUUCAGCAGCAAAGCAGCCCCCAGUCCCCGUCCCCCCGCUGCCCAGCCACAGCAGCGGUGCCCACUGAGCUGAACCAGCCCCUCCCAGAGGACGGCAGCACGGACAGGGACAGCAGAAUCACCCGGAUCACUCGAGCGAUGGCCAAGGAGGUGUUCCUGAUGGCUCGGAGUUUGAGGAGGAGAGGAUGUGUCCUGACCAAAGAUCAGCUCAUUACCUCUGCUAGGAAAAUUGCGACGUCUGGACAAGACUUCGCCAAACUCAUCUGCAUCAUUGCUAAGAACUGCAUAGAUCAAAGAUGUUCCCAGGAGCUUUUGUGUGUGGUGGAGCGGGUUCAAACAAUGAGCAACCAGCUCCACAUCAUCUCCAGUGUAAAGGCCUCCCUGGCAAGGAGCAAGUCCUCUGAAGAGCUCCUAGUGGAAAAUGCACAGCAGCUCCUCCAGGCUGUCUUCAAGACCAUGAGGGCUGCAGAAGCUGCGAGUCUCCGGGGUUUGAGAGAACCUUCCCCAGAUCCGGAGGAACUGGAAGUUGCUGCCUUCUGCCUGCAGUGGAGGAGGAAGCUGCUAAAGCACAGACUUCAAGAAACCUCAAACACGGCCUGUGAUGAGCUGGGCUUGCGGAAUACAAGCACUAAACCACCCCCAACACUCGCUACCCUGGUUCACGAAGCAGUAUAAAAGCGAAGAGAUAGCUCCCAGUCAAGCUCCCUGUUGACCUGUACUCUGACCUGACACUCUGGCAGCCUGUGGGAAGCGCCUUUUUUUUUUUUUUUUUUUGAGACGGAGUCUCGCUCUGUCGCCCAGGCUGGAGUGCAGGGGCGCGAU